AUGUUUAGAGCGAUGAGCACGAGGAAAGGUCGCCGGGGAUACGAUCAAUUAAUCAGCGAACCCACCGCCGACGAUCUAUUAUCAGAGCCUCAGAUGAUCAGAUCCACAACGUUGCCUCCGAAUUUCUUCGGCGAUUUACCGGCGAAGUUUGUUCCAGAACCGAAAGUCCCAAAUUUCAUACAAAGAGAAGCGAAGAAACUGAGCAAACUUGAUCCCCUUUUCAGCUUAUUCGAGAAGAAAAGCCGGAAGAAGAAGGCGACAGCUAAACCAGAGUUCGCAAGAUACAUGCAAUACCUCAAGGAAGGAGGUAGUUGGAAUCCUAAUUCAACUAUGCCUGUAAUCUACUGA